UUGGUGGUUUUCAGAGGGUUUUUGGCGAUCAGAGGGAGAGAGAAAGACUAGUUUUUUUUUGGUUUUAGAGAGAGAAAAAUGGGUGUUGUUUGAACCGGAAGAAAAAAAAAUCUAGAUUUUCCGGGAAAAUAUGGGAUAGAGAGAAAAUGGGUGAGAAAAUAGCGUAAAUUUCCGUAUUAUUGUUUGUUUGAUUUCUCCGACAAUUCCCCGAUCUUACAUUCGCCUGAAAGUUCUCGAGAUUUUUCGAUUCUGGGCGUAGAGAUUUGAGGUUUGAGCGAAAAAUCAUUGGCUAGAGGACUUAGCUUUCGGAUUCUCUUUGGUGGUGGUGGUAGCUCGCGACGUGUAUAUUAGUUGAAGGGAUUAAUCUGAGUCCGGGUUCUUUGUAGUUGAUGUAAAUUUUCGUGGUAUGAUUUUUAAGAUAUGGUGAUGCAGAAGAGGUUGGAUUACGGAUUCAAUGGCUAUCAGGUGCCUGUCACUCCUAAAGCUUCUAGAUCAGCAAGGAAGCGUCGUGCAGUUAGAAAGAUGGUUGAAGACAAUGCAAUGGGUGCAUUUGACUUGUUGGCGACUGUAGCUGGCAAGUUAUUGCUCGAGGGAGAGAGUUCUCCGGCUUCCAGUCAUACAUCAAUCGGAAAAGAUCAAUGUGCAGGUAUUAAGGAGAAUUAUCUGGCUGGAGAUAAAACCUUGAAAGCAGAACCUUGUGAUCGAGGCAGUUCUGACAGGAUACCUUUGGUAUCUGAAUAUAAGUCAACAGGUCAGAAUCUAAGUUCGUGCUCCAAGGCUUCUCCAGUUCAUCAGAUUGAAAGUCAUUCGGUUAUGACAACUUCUGAUUGCUCGGAGAGGUUUGUUUCUGACAUGUUGGCAAGUGGAAAAUGCAAGAAUGAAUUGGGAAGUCUUACUGGGAAAAUAGAAGCAGGCUAUUCUGGGAACAGGGAGUCUGGUGAAUGUAAAUUAGAUAAUGAAGUUAAAGUAUUAGUAAAGGAUGAGACUAAUAAGAGUGGGGAGGUGGUUACCAGUACCGGGCCUGAUAUGUGCAGUUUUCAGGAUCCGGUUGUCUGGGAAGGUGAACCUCCUCCACUACUUAGUUCAGAUAGUAGCACCAAGGUGCCUAUGUAUGUAGACCAUAUUCCUCAGAGAUCUUUCCCCGCUAGCCGGGAUGAUGUAAAAUUAGUUGGUAGAGAUGAUGACGAAAAUUUCUUUGGGUGUACUCACCCUAGUACAGCCAUGAAGUAUUCAAGGCCAGCUCCGUCGCGUAUUGGAGACCGAAGAAUACGGAAAAUAUUGGCUUCAAAAUAUUGGAAAGUAGCUCCAAAGUCGAAGGAUGAGACACAUUCUAAUUCCUGUAAGUGGCUGCCUCGUACUAAAAGAAUUUAUCGGGAUAUGAAACCAAAUUACCACAACAGGAAGAAUUGCUACAAACGGCAAAGAUCUCAAAUGAAUAUGCCUUUCAAGAAAAGGAGGCUUUUUGACCGUAGCACAGUUCCAAAUCCUGAUCAAGGUAUUAGUAGAGAGGGAUUCUUUGACUUGCGCGGGAAGGGAACCAAAGGAAAUGCUUCUGCUUCGUGUUCAAAGAUGCAAGCCACUGGGAUGUCUUCUUCGGUAGGAGGUCAGCACUCAUCUUUCCAAUCAAGGAAUUCACAUGUGAAGCUCAGGAUCAAGUCGUUUAGGGUUCCAGAGCUAUUUAUUGAGAUUCCGGAGACGGCAACUGUUGGUUCAUUAAAGAAAACAGUUAUGGAAGCAGUGACAGCUGUACUUGGAGGUGGAUUAUGUGUUGGUGUACUUCUUCAAGGAAAGAAAGUGAGAGAUGACAACAAAACUUUACUGCAAACAGGAAUUUCUCAAGAUGACCAUCUAGAUUCUGUGGGAUUUUCCUUGGAACCCAACCCUUCCCGAACCCCUCCACCUUUAUGUUCUGAUGGUUCUCCCAGUAUGCUUCCUUGUGAUGAUGUAAAGCCUUUAACAAGGUACCAACCGGGUCCUACUGGCGAACCACUACCUGAGCCUCAUUUGGCCAGUUUUGGGAGCUACAUUGAAAGUGAUCAUGAUUCAGCACCCUCUCCAACUGAUAUGUCAGCUGAAAAAAGCACAACAGAUUCUAAAGCACUGGUUGCUGUUCCAGAUGUGAGUGUGGAUGCACUAGCUGUGGUUCCUGGGAACAGGAAAUCAAGGCGGUUUGAUAUUGGACAGCGCCGAAUUCGUCGACCUUUCUCUGUUACUGAAGUGGAAGCACUUGUCCAAGCGGUUGAGAAACUUGGUACCGGAAGGUGGCGUGAUGUUAAACUACGAGCUUUUGACAAUGCUAAGCAUCGAACAUAUGUGGAUUUAAAGGAUAAGUGGAAAACCCUAGUGCACACGGCUAGAAUUUCUCCUCAACAGAGGCGGGGAGAGCCCGUCCCGCAAGAGCUCUUGGACAGGGUCCUAACAGCUCACGCGUACUGGUCCCAGCAGCAAGCCAAACAACAGCUCAAACAGCCCGAGACUUGCCUUCUCGUCUAGAUGUUCGAUCAAUUGUGUUCUUUUUGUAUCUUUGUUAAUGAUGUAGAAAAAGUAUGACAAGAAAGUAGGAGUUGAAGGAUGUUUAUGUAAUAUCAGUCUGGUCCGUCGUCGCUCUUGCCACGGCUCCCUUUCCCCGAACGGAGAGGCCGCCGGCCCUUGUAAAUGGAUGACAAAAUAAGAAGAGAGAUGGCUAACUGAAUUCUUUAGAAACCCAAGUUGUUGGUUGGUGUUUCCUGAUCUUUUUUUUUUCUUUUUUCUGGUAAAUGUGUGGUUUGGGUUGUUAUGAAGGUCUUAGUUAAUGUAAUGCUGAUUUAGUUGUUAAUUUAGGGUUAAUGCUAAUUCUUGUAAUCUUCCAAUUUGCAUUUCAGUUGCAAAUAGAUAUUAUAAUUUCAAGGCCAUCUUGGUCUUCGUGUA